GUAUAUGAUAAAAAAGUGUGGUUUUGACUUAGCUUAGAAUUUAAUCUUGGUUCGAUUUAAAAAGUGGUUGUUAUAGUGUAAUAUAUACUCAAAGCUGCGUGGAUAGUGAAUCAGUGGGCCCAUGGAUUAAGAUUAAUAUCAUGGUCGCAUAACGUUCAACGAUAAGCAGCGAUUAGAGGAAGCGCUGACCGGAUGCGGCCCGCUCAGCCGGAAGUGACGUCACCGCUGACCAACAUGGACGAGCUGGACCGCGGCUGGAGUUGGGUGGUUUUGGCGGCCUCCUUCGGCUACUUCAUGAUAUUCGGAAUGCUUCUGUACGGCGUCGGCAUUGUGCACGUGACGCUGUUGGAGGAGUACGACAAGCCGUCGUCGGCGACCGCCUGGGCCGGAAGUCUGUAUGCGUCGCUUGUAUCUCUUGGAGGCCCACUGUCAAGCCUUAUUAUCGACCGGUGGAGCUGUCGAACGGCCAUGUUUAUCGACGGCGUCCUGACCACCGUCGGCCUCUUGUCGUCGGCGUUCAGCCCCAGCCUGUACCUCGUCAUCUUCACGUACGGUAUCUUAGCGGGUUUUGGUGGCGGCAUUGGUUACACAGCAACUAUGAUGGUCGUGGGUUUCAACUUCCGGAGAUGGCGCAACACGGCAUUAGGGGUCGCGAUUUCCGGUGUAGGGGUCGGCACGUGCAUAUUUUCACCCAUAUUGGAACUCAUGUGUGGAUUAUACGGCAGACGCGGUUAUUUCAUUAUGCUUGCGGGAAUCAGCUUGCAUAAGUGUUUAUUCGCGGUGCUGUGUCGCCCGUCUAGACUGGAGCGUGCGAGACAACGGUCAUUAAAAACCAACGACGAAGCCCCAUUAUCAAAAUCACAAAUUAUGAAGCUCUAUGCAAACGUCUACGCUAACAAACUAAUCAUAUGUUUUUCGCUCAGUCUGAUGCUAUUCAGUGUAGGCACCUACAUGAUAUUUCUCCAUCUACCAGCCGUCGCCGUUUCAAAAGGUCACUCACGUAUGACAGCGGCGCUUCUUUUGUCCGCAUGUGGCGCCUCAACGAUACUCGCCCGUAUCAUGACAACGUUUGUUUCCGAAAAGAAGUCAGUCGACGGAAUAGUGUUAUAUUCCGGUUCUUUUGGUUCACUGGCGUUGGCGACAUUUCUGUUCCCUAUAUAUUCCCGAACAUUAGUGGGCUUAGUGAUAUUUUCAGCGAUAUUAGGGGCAUACUUCGGAGGAUGUUAUGCGGUAAUGAACUCCAUAAAUAUUCACUUGGUCAGUUUGAAAUUUCUCAACAUAGCGACCGGUGUUGAACUGGUUUUCACUGCCAUAGGAACCGCAAUAGGACCAAUCGUUACAGGCAAGUACCAAUAUGACUUAGAAUGCAAUGGGGACUGA